AUUUAAUAUGAUCGUUAUGUAUCUUACUAGACUCGCCUAGUGCAUUCCUACAAGGUUGCCAAUUGGCGAGAUAUAAAACUGUAAAAGGGUAACAUAGGCUUUAGUAUGUGUCACGGCUUUGUUGCACUUUAAAAUGGACUUCAAGUUGGCAGUCAUCACUGUUUUCAGUCUGGUGUCCAUUAGCCAGGCUAGUAUCAUACCUACGGUGGAGGUAUUACAAGGUCCUGGAAGCAAAACCCUUCUUAUUGGUCCAGAUGGAAGCGCGAUAGACUCCGCAGCCCCUGGAGGAACAGUUGUUACCAAUGAUCAUGGCUCAGGAUUAGUAGCUGCUGGCCCUGCGAUUCUUCCAUUAGGUCCAGAGAUUGUUGUAAAUAGCCCGGCUGGUUCCAUAAUCACCAGUCACUCCUUGGCAGGCCCUGCAGUGGUGCCAGGAGUAGUACCAGCUCUCGCACCAUCUGCAGGAGCUGUAAUAUCAGCCGCAAUAUCUGUUGAAGGACCAGCUGCUCAAAAUGUUGAAGGAGCGUACGUUCCAGACAAUACAGAAGCUUUAUACGAUGACGGAUCAUAUAAGGGAGAACACUAAUAAUAUUAAAAAAAGUAUAUAGUGUGUUAAUGUUGUGUUUUAACUUCGUAUCCAAAAUAGUUUGUUAAAUAUUUUAUGACGAAUAGUUGUUAUUCUUACUUUGUAUUCCCACUAAAUAUAUAAAACAUUAUUCCUGUAUUUUAACAAGGGAGUAAUAUUUUAUUUCAUGUUUGGUGUUCCUAGUCUUAGCAUUCUUUGUUGUUACUUAAAAAUAUAAUAUAGAAGUUCCAAUAAAUAAUCAAAACAA